UGAGGACAUUCACAAGUUAUUUGAAACUACUACCGAGAGGAGUGAGAUAAAACUUAAUAGUUGGUUAAUAUACUAACCGCACACUGAAAACUAAGAUGAAGAUUUUUUUGAUUUUUGCUGUUCUUGUUGUUGUUUGUUAUAACGAAGCAUCAGCUCACACGUGCAAUGGUCAGAUUUUACAGAAAGACGUGGAUUAUAGUCGGCUCCGUGGAGAAUGGUGGCAAGCAUAUUAUACCCAAGACUCUCGUUACUCUCAAUUUGAUUGCUAUGAUAUGAGAAUAAUUGGUCUCAACAGACGUUAUAAACAAUUCUACGUUCAAGAAAUAAUACAAGAAACAAGACCGAAAAUGGGAACAAUUCAACAAAUAUUGCUCAACACGAUGUGCUGGGAAAAUUGUGUGUCGGAUCGUGAAAUUAAUAUCAAUGGACACAUUGCAACAGACUAUCGUAACUAUAUGAUCAUCCAUACUUGUGUUGAAGGUCGUCCUAUUAUCGACAUACAAUUGAGAAAAAGAAUCAAGAAACUUCCCUGCAGAAAGAUUCAGGAAAUCGCAAAAAUCUUAGAGAAAAUCGGAGUCAAUUUCUUUUCUCUUCAAGAGAGAGACAGAACCACUUGCCCAUCUCCUAAAUAAUAUUUUAUUAGCUAUUUAUUCCUGCAUUUAUAUCUGGUAUUGCAGUUCAGGGAUUCAAUACCUAUUUACACUGUGGUAUUCUUAUUUCCCAAUUUCAUAUUCAACUUAUAUUUAUAAUGUAAAAAUAUAUUUAUUUAAAGCAUUUGCAAUACUAUGCUAUGUUUCACAAUUGUGACGUACAAUUAUUUGUUAUUUCAUUAUUUAUGCAAUUUAUGAAAAGACGAAUAUAAAAAAUUAUAGUAAA